AUGUUAGGUGGCAGUGACAUAAGUCUUCCAAAGGAACAGGAACAAGGACAAAAGAUGCAAGAAGAUCACGUCUCUUCCCUGAAAAGGGGCCAAACUGUUGCUCCGUUGAAGAAAGCUGGAUUUUUGAGCUUCGCCCAACUAAAUGCCCUUGCUGUUAUCACUGUCCUCGCUGCAAGUGGGAUGGUGAGCCCGGAAGAUUUUGCUUUCGUUGCCUUUUCAAUCGUUUACAUAUUAUUCAUCUCCAGAGUUGCAUUCCCUUGUGUCAACCCAUCAAAAGACUCCUUUGUUUUUUAUCCAAAGCAUAAAAUCUUACGCCUCUACGUGUCCGUUGGUGUUAUUAUUGGCCUUUUUCUCCCGAUAGCCUAUAUCUUUGAAGGCAUCUUUGAGGGCGACAAAGAGGGGAUCAAGGCAGCCGCACCACAUGUGUUUCUCUUAGCUAGUCAAGUUUUCAUUGAAGGAAUGUCAUCUUCAUUCAUGUUUGCAAUACCAGUACGGGUUUUUGCUGCGGUGUUAUUUAAUUCUAAGAGGAUUUUUACCAUUAUGGAGUGGCUGAGCAGUGAGAUCUACAAGGUGGAACAGGACUAUGGAGGAUCUACCAGGAGGCUGCAUGUUGGGAGAGCUCUUGCUGUGGUUAAUAUGGCCUUUUGGGGCUUCAAUCUUUUUGGCUUCUUGUUGCCUGUUUAUCUUCCAAAAGCCUUCAAGAGUUAUUACUCGGAGCAUUAA